UAAACCAUUUUCUUGGAAGAGCCCGUGUCUUUGAUGGGAAGAGGAUGCAUUGUGAGCCACUGGAGGAGCCUGAUAUGGAUUCCACAGAGAGUUGGAUUGAAAGAUGUCUCAAUGAAAGUGAGAGUAAACGCUAUUCCAGUCCCACGUCCCUGGGGAACAUGUCCACAGAUGAACAUGAAGAAAAAGAAAAUAACAGAGCUUCAAAACCCCAUUCGACACCGGCUACACUGCAGUGGCUGGAGGAGAACUAUGAGAUAGCUGAAGGAGUGUGUAUUCCCCGGAGCGCUCUGUAUAUGCACUACCUCGACUUCUCGGAGAAGCAGGACACACAGCCGGUCAACGCCGCGAGCUUUGGAAAGAUUAUAAGACAACAGUUUCCUCAACUGACUACCAGAAGACUGGGAACACGAGGCCAGUCAAAGUAUCAUUAUUACGGUAUUGCGGUGAAGGAAAGCUCCCAGUACUAUGACGUGAUGUACUCUAAGAAGGGUGCGGCGUGGGUGAACGAAACAGGGAAGAAAGAGGUCACCAAGCAGACGGUGGCCUACUCCCCCCGCUCCAAGCUGGGGACCCUCCUUCCAGACUUUCCAAAUGUCAAAGACUUAAAUUUGCCAACUAGCCUGCCAGAGGACAAGGUGUCCACCUUCAUCAUGAUGUACAGAACGCAUUGCCAGAGGAUACUGGACACCGUCAUCCGCGCCAAUUUUGACGAGGUCCAGAGCUUCCUGCUGCACUUCUGGCAGGGCAUGCCCCCCCACAUGCUGCCCGUCCUGGGGUCCGCCACCGUAGUCAACAUCGUGGGGGUCUGCGACUCCAUCCUCUACAAGGCCAUCUCUGGGGUCCUCAUGCCCACCGUCCUCCAGGCCCUGCCCGACAGUUUGACUCAGGUCAUUAGAAAAUUUGCCAAACAGUUGGACGAGUGGCUGAAAGUAGCACUUCACAACCUCCCAGAGAACCUGAGGAACAUCAAGUUUGACCUAUCUAGAAGAUUCUCACAGAUUCUCAAGCGACAAACAUCAUUAAAUCAUCUCUGUCAGGCGUCGCGGACGGUGAUCCACAGCGCUGACAUCACCUUCCAGAUGCUGGAGGACUGGAGGAACGUGGACCUUAACAGCAUCACCAAGCAAACACUUUAUACCAUGGAGGACUCCAAAGAGGACCAGAGGCGGCUCAUUAUUCACUUGUAUCAGGAGUUUGACCGUCUGCUGGAGGAGCAGACUCCCAUUGAGGCGUACAUCGAGUGGCUGGACUCCAUGGUGGACCGCUGCGUCGUACAGGUGGCAGGCAAGAGGCCAGGGUGCCUGAAGAAGGUGGCCCAGCAGUUCCUGCUGAUGUGGUCGUGCUUUGGGACCAGAGUCAUCCGGGACAUGACCCUUCACAGUGCGCCCAGUUUUGGGUCCUUCCACCUGAUCCAUCUCAUGUUCGAUGACUACGUGCUCUACCUCCUGGAGUCCCUGCACUGUCAGGAGAGAGCCAGUGAGCUGGUCAGGGCUAUGAAGGCUGAGGGCAGUACAGCAGACGUGGAGGAAGUCAUGAUCACAGAGACCACGCCCCCUCCCAUAUCCCCCGUGCCCUACUCACCCACCCGCUCUGUCCCCUCGGAGGACGCCCCCCCUACCUGCUCCCCGACAGAACCCCCGUCCCCCGAGUACACCACUGUCCCGGCAACCACAGGCGCUGUUCAGUCAUAUACCUGGUCCCUUACAUACACAGUGACAACGUCAGGCGGCUCCCCCCCCCACGGCGACUCACAGCCUCCCUGCGUGCGCAGCGGAGCCCCCGUGCCCCCCACCACCUCCACCACCCAGCGGACCCCACCCAUCUACACACACAGAGAGGAGCACGGGUACACUGGAAGCUACAAUUACGGAAGCUACGCCAAUCAACAUCCUCACUCCAUCCAGAGUCAAUACCCUAGUCUAACCCACGAGCCAGGCAUCCCAGCCCCGCUGCACUACUCUCCCUACACACGCUCACCUGCACAGUACCCUCUCAACAGCCCCAUGUCUCGGAUGGAGUCCUGCCUGAUGAGCAGCUCUCCCCGGCUGCACCCGGCGCCCGGCGCCCCCCGCUGGCCGGAGGUCUCCCCGGCCAACAGCUGCUACAGCAGCCCUCCUAUGCACUCUGCACGCUACGCCUCGCCCGGCGACAUCUACACCCCGCUGGGCCCGCGGAGGAACUCCGAGUACGAACACUCCCAGCAUUUCCCUGGAUUUGCUUACAUCAACGGAGAGGCCACCACCGGAUGGGCCAAGUAG